CUUUCAUGUUUCUGGUUUUCCGUUCUGACAACUGUUGCGAGAGGUGAUAUAAAGAGCCAAUUCAGACGUCGCUUUGCAUCUGCUACUGCUAAUUGCCUGCCUCCCUGUAAGCCUCGAUCACGGCGGUGGCGGUCACGACGAGGGAGGGAGAGGUCCGUCCCUUCGUCUCACUGGUCUUAUGGAGGGCGGUUACCUCACCGCGGAGAAGCCCUCGUACCGGCGCACCCUCGUGAUCCAGGUCGCCCUCUGCCUCGCCCUCUACGCCGCCUUCCACAUCGGGACCCCCCAGCCGCCCCCCGCUUCCUCCCCCGGCGGCGCCCGGCUCGGUGGGAAGCCGGCGGAUCUUUACUUCAUGAGCGUGAGGGGCGGCGUGAGGACGCCGCGAGAACAAUCGCAGCUCCUCGAACAGAUGGAGAAGGUAGCAAAAACCUACGGAGCAAACUUUGUGGUGAACAUUGCGGAACUUGGGGAGCGUGAUCCACUCUUGCAGAAUGCCACUUCGCAUUUUCCACGGGAGAUUCCCUGGUAUACAACAGCUGCUUCUGGUGGACAAAUGAUGGGAAGCUUCUUGAAGAGAAUCAGGUUACCAUAUGAGCAAACACUAGACAUCAUUGGUACAGGGUCUUUGCAGGACCUUUCUUAUGAAGAGCAACUCAACAAAAAUGGAAGCAACAACUUGCAUUGGAUGCGGAGGAUGUUAGCAACAUCCAACAGUACCUGGCUCAUUGUUGUCGGGUUUGAUCCGAUGACAAUUUGUGACGAGAAGGAAGCAACAGGAACCAUAAAAUUUAACAAGCCUCUACACAAUGUCUUUUUGGAAUUUGGAGUGGAUGCCUACCUGAGCAAGCAGGGCUGUGCCGGUUACUUUUACCACGACGAAGGCAUCACGUACAUGGGGAACCCAGGUCCUGCAGACAAAUUAAACAGAGCUUUAUCAAUAAAUGUGAAUCCAGAUGUUCUCAGUGAACUGCACAAUGGUUUCUUAUUACACAGAGUUAGUCCACUGGAGAUGGAAUCCUACUUCAUUGACUCCUCGGGUAGGAUAGCUCUUAAAACCAUGAUUCGCCACCGUGGAAGAGGGGCUAUAUGAAUUGGUCCCAAGACAUUGGAUUUCUUGUUCAUAGUCAAGAAAUGUUCUCGAUCUCAAAGACGAGUCAUUUGAGUCAUGGUGACAUCUGUAAACAUUCACAUCUCUGCAUUUUGUUAGCUUUUUGCCAGUUGUUGUUCAUAAAUAAAAAUUUACUUGUCCUC